CGAACCCGAAACGUCCUUUUCUUUAAAUAACAGGAAAUAGGUGAACCGAAGAGCCAUGUCAAGGAGCACUAUACAAUUUCAAUAUGGAAACUGAAACCGACAAUGUUGAAUUGAAUGCUUAUUCGUGGGUGGCCUUGGCAAUCUUUUUGGCUGCAUUGGUGUUUGUCAUUCGCCCAUUUGAAUUUUCCCUGCCCAAGAUCGGCUGGCGACUGUACUUGAAUCUUGCCACUGCCCCGCCCUUGGGUGUCUUGAUCCUUCUCGCAAGUAAAACCAUCGAUUGGAUCAACAUACGAGACGGCCUGUUGGGCCAUAACAUUGGUGUAGAGCCCUAUGCCAUCAUGCUAUUGUUUUACUCGUUGGCUUAUCUAUGUAUAUCCCUUGAUUUAACCGGCUUGAUCCAAUUUUGUGCCUUCUGGGUAUCGAAACGCGCCGGCAAUCGGGGCCACAUGGCAUUCUCCUUGUUCUUCAUCAUGACGAGCCUGAUCAGCGGUCUUGCGAGCAACGACGUCGUGGUGCUAACAGGCACGGCCUUCUUGUCCUAUUUUACCCGGGUCUCAGAUAUUCAACCAACAGCCUUUCUUAUGAGCGAAUUUACCUCUGCCAACAUUGCGUCCAUGGCGCUUUAUAUUGGCAAUCCAACAAAUGUGGUCAUCGCCGAAGCUUUCAACAUGAGCUUCAUCACUUACUCUGCAUGGAUGCUGUUACCAACAUUUAUUUGUCUGGGCAUUGCAUAUCUGGCAUUACGCGUUGUGUUCCAUAGUCAGAAAUACUUGCCCAGUGUGAUCCAUCCACCUGAAGAAGAACCACAAGCUGUAUUAGUAGAUCCCAAAGGCGCAAUCUUUGGAUUGGUACUAUUGGGCGUCUGUCUGUGUACAUUGAUCGGAACGUCGUUUGUCCAUGGCGUAUCGGUCUGGAUGGUGACCCUGCCCUUUGCGGUUGUUAUGCUGUUACGGGAUGUCUGGUACGAUUUGACGCUACAGUGGAAAAAGAAAGCCGAACCGAUUCCGUCAUCACCGAAAUCUGCCACGGAAAACAACGAGGAAACAACUGACGACGAUGACGAUAUUACCACCACCACUACCACCACCACCGCGGCUUCUACGACAGCAGCCAAUCAUCGGCAAUUACGGGAUAAUAAUAUUACAUCAGUAUCGAGCGAACAGGAUAUUACUGCAAUGACAUCUAUUGAAAUGAUUGAGAUGGCCACAUCCGACGAAUCACCCGUACGACAGCGCAGCACAGCAGUAGCAACAGGAACAGCAGCAUCGCGUAGCAACAGCAGACAUGAUGUAAACAACAAACACAAUGACGACAUUGCCACAGCGGCAGGUACAGACGCCAGCCAAGAUGAAUUACCGAUAACAACAAAUAAGGCGAUCCGUAAUCGGUUUAUGAAUGUCCUUUGGAAGUUUCGGUCACGGUUACCAACUAUGACAUCCGUACUGGCACGGAUGCCUUGGAAGAUUUUACCCUUUGCGCUGAGCAUGUUUGUUCUUGUCGAAGGCUUGUCAGAAGUAGGGUGGAUCGGGAUUUGUGCUACGGCCAUGGUCAGUGUGGCACGCAAUGACUAUGUAUCCACAGUGUUUGGCGUGAUGGGGAUUUCCUUGCUUGCGUGCCAGCUGCUCAACAAUCUACCUAUGACGAUAUUGUUCACGCGGAUCUUGCAGCAUCCCAAUUUCGCACAGCAUGCGGGCAUGUCUGAUAUAGUGACGCAGGCAGCAGUUUUAGGUCUGGUCGUCGGGAGCAAUCUAGGUGCAUGUUUGACGCUCGUUGGCAGUUUAGCAGGUAUCAUGUAAGUGUGCGUUAUAUAUCUUUUGCGUCGUUGUUCGUCUACCCAUUCCCCUUUUACUUUGCUCCACAUUUUUCCAGCACUUUAUUUUGUAUUACCUCGCCGAGUUGAAAAGAAGUAGCCGAGUGUUUUGCUUAUUUCUUUUCGUCUCUUAUAGGUUUGAACAUAUACUCAAAACCAAGGGCAUCUAUACGUUGGGCUAUUUCCAGUUCCUGAAAUGGAAUUUGUUACUAAUGCCAGUCAUUGCAACAGGAGCUGGAGCAGUGGUUAUUGGCGAACUUUGGUUUAUUUAUUUAC